AGUACCCGACUACCCAAUACCCAUUCUCUGGAUCGAGCGAGAAAUGCCUCCGGCAAGAACAUCUCUGUUCUGUAAAUAUAUGAUGAUCUGAAUUGCCAAAAUACCUGGAAAAAUCCAGACUUCCUCAUUAUAUACUCUCUGACCUCCUCGAUCGAGUCAUGCGAUCACUGAAAUCUCUUUUUAUCAUUCGAUCCAACGAAGAGAGUCCCAUCUCUUUGCUUUCUUUAGCGGUCCCUCGACUGCUGAGAUCUGCUAAACCCUCUUGUCAUUCUCGGCACAGACCGUGGAAUCUAGGGUUCUGAGUUCUUUCUCUUUUCUGAUUCAGAUUCGUUGGAUUUGGCUCUCUAUUUUGAAUGUUUUGAUGUGCGAUCAGUAGCUUUUGAUUGAUUUUAUGUUCUAAUCUGCGAAUUUUGGUGAAUUUCGAUAUAACUCUGUAGUGGUUGAGAAUGGCGGGGCAAAACGUCGAUCUAUUCGAUACAUAUUUUAGGAGAGCAGAUUUGGAUCAGGACGGGAGGAUUAGUGGAACUGAAGCUGUUGCAUUCUUUCAAGGUUCAAAUUUGCCGAAAAAUGUCCUUGCGCAGAUAUGGAUGCAUGCCGAUCAGAACCGUACUGGUUACCUUGGUAGGGCUGAAUUCUAUAAUGCUCUGAAAUUGGUAACUGUGGCACAAAGUAAGCGAGAACUAACUGCCGAUAUGGUAAAGGCGGCAUUAUAUGGUCCGGCUGCAGCUAAAAUCCCUGCACCGCAGAUAAAUAUGUCAUUGAUAUCUCCAACACAGCCAAGUUCUAUGGCAGCGGCUCCUGCCCCUCAGAUGGGAGCACUAGCACCUACUGCAACUCAGAAUCCUGGCUUUAGAGGGCCGCAGUUAUAUCCAAAUGCUAAUAUGAAUCCACAGUUUCGCCCUUUGCUGGGCAAUCAAUUCAUGAGGCCACCUCAACCCAUGCCUGUUGGUGCUGCUUUACUACCAUCACAGGGCAUUCCUGGGGGAGCUUCUGUGGCAGCUCCACGCCCACCGAACUCAAAUAUCUCAACACCUGUUGGUGCUGCUUUACUACCAUCACAAGGCAUUCCUGGGGGAGCUUCUGUGGCAGCUCCACGCCCACCAAACUCAAAUAUCUCAGCUGAUUGGCUCAGUGGAAGGACUGGUAUAUCCCCAAUGGGAGCAACCUCACAAACCCCUAGUAGAGGGACUUCUCCCACUGUAGGUCAGGAUGGAUUUGGUCUGCCAUCUUCAGGUCUAACAUCUUCGAUACCACCUAGAGCACAUGCAACUUCUGGGAUUACAACUACAGUCACUUCCAAGCCACAAGAUCUGGGCUUAUCAUCAUUCCAGUCAACGCCUAAGGAUUCUAAGGAAUUAGUCAUUUCUGGUAAUGGAUUUGCUUCCAAUUCAGUUUUUGGAGAAGAUAUGUUUUUGGCUUCUCAACCAAAACAAGUUGCUGCAGCGCCUUCAUUUUCUGCAGGCAGUGCAGCUAUUUCAUCUGCCAUGGUUCCAGUGUCUUCUGGGCCCCAGCCUUCAGUUAAGCAGGAUCCGUUUGAUUCCUUCAGCUCAUUAUCAACUCAACCUGCAGGUGGUCAACUUCAGCAACCACAAUCAGUGGUGAAACCAAACCAGCAGGUUUCUGCCCAGAGUGCUGCAGCUUUUAGUUCAUCUAACAUUUUGAUGGGACCUGGUAAUACUGCACCACCCCAGUCGCAGCCCUCAUGGCCUAAGAUGACUCAGUCCAACAUUCAGCAGUAUACAAAAGUGUUUGUUGAGGUGGACACAGACAGGGAUGGUAAAAUCACUGGCGAACAGGCCCGUAACCUUUUUUUGAGUUGGAGAUUGCCAAGAGAGGUCUUAAAGCAAGUCUGGGACUUAUCCGAUCAAGAUAAUGAUAGCAUGCUUUCGCUGAGAGAGUUCUGUACAGCGCUCUAUUUGAUGGAACGGUACAGGGAAGGUCGUCCUCUUCCAGCUGUGCUUCCAAACAGUGUCAUGUAUGAUGAGACACUUUUGCGCAUCACAGGGUCCACAGGGCCUGCUGCUGCAUAUGGACAUACAGCUUGGAGACCUACUGUUGGCAUGCAACCACAGCCUGGAAUGCCUGGUGCAAGCUCAAUAUCACCUGCAGCUAGUAUGAGGCCGCCGGUGCAGAUUCCGGUCUCUCCUCAAGCUGAUGGAGUGAUGCAGCCCAGUCGUCAGAAGUCAAGGGUGCCAGUUUUGGAGAAGCACCUGGUAAACCAACUCAGCAAGGAGGAGCAUGAUUCGUUAAACUCAAAGUUCCAGGACGCAACAGAAGCCGAUAAAAAGGUGGAGGAAUUGGAGAAGGAGAUUAUGGAUUAUAAGGAGAAGAUGGAAUUUUACCGCAACAAGAUGCAGGAACUUGUGUUAUACAAAAGCAGAUGUGACAAUCGACUUAAUGAGAUCACUGAAAGGGCUUCUGCUGAUAAACGUGAGGUUGAGGAACUAGCUAAAAAGUAUGAAGAGAAGUACAAGCAGGUUGGAGAUGUGGCCUCUAAAUUAACCAUUGAAGGGGCCACUUUUCGUGAUGUUCAGGAGAGGAAAAUGGAAUUAUAUCAGGCAAUUGUCAAAAUGGAGCAGGGUGGAAGUGCUGAUGGUAUUCUUCAGGUUCGUGCUGAUCGUAUACAAUCAGAUCUUGAGGAGCUAGUAAAGGCUUUGAAUGAACGGUGCAAGAAAUAUGGGUUACAUGUUAAGCCUACUGCACUAAUUGAGCUUCCUUUUGGAUGGCAACCUGGCAUUAAGGAGGGAGCAGCUGAUUGGGAUGAAGAUUGGGAUAAGUUUGAAGAUGAAGGAUUCACAUUUGUCAAGGAGCUCACUCUUGAUGUUCAGAAUGUUGUGGCCCCUCCAAAACCAAAAUCUACAUCAGUUUGGAAGGAAAAGGCUUCCUCAGAUGAGGGCCUGACCACCACAUCCCCGAAUGCUGAUACUAAAUCAGAGAAGCCUACGAGUACAGUUGACUGGAACACUGAGAAUGGAUCUGCUUAUGCACAUAGUGAAGAUGGCUCAGCAAGAAGUGCUCCGGCCAGUCCCACUGGAAGGAGUACAAUGGAGAGCCCAUCUCAAGAUUUUGGAGAUAACCAUUUUUUGAAGAACAUUGGUUCCGAUGCAUCACCUCGUGCUAAUGAAACACAUAAUGAUCAUGGUGGUGCUGAAUCCAUCCUUUCUGGGGAUAAAAUUUUUGAUGAACCAACAUGGGGUACUUUUGACACCAAUGAUGAUACAGAUUCUGUGUGGGGCUUCAACACGUCUCAUACAAAAGAUCUAGAUCAAGAGAGCCACAGAGACUCAUUUUUUUCUGGUGAGUUGGGUCUGCACCCGAUAAAAACUGAAUCCCCACAAGCAGACAGCAUGUUCCAGAGGAAGAGCCCAUUUAAUUUUGCAGACUCUGUUCCUGGCUCACCUCUCUUCAAUUCUGGUUACUCGCCAAGGUUCAGUGAAGGAUCAGAGGACCACUCUUUUGAUAAUUUCUCAAGAUUUGAUUCCUUCAGCAUGCAUGACAGUGGACUUUUCCCACCACACAGUUCGACUCUUACAAGGUUCGACUCUAUGCGCAGCACUGCAGAUUCGAUCCACAGAGGUGAGACCCUUACAAGGUUCGACUCUAUCCGCAGCACUGCAGAUUCCGUCCAAAGUGGUUUCCCAUCUUUUGAUGAUACCGAUCCUUUUGGCUCAAGUGAGCCAUUUAAAAGUUCUUCAGAAAAUCAAACGCCUAGGAGAGUUUCAGAUAGUUGGGGUGCUUUCUAGCCAGGUCAUUUGGUGUUAGAUCCAUUUGUAUUCUUAUCUCAGUUUGAGCCUUUUGGGAGGUCUGUUCAACUGAUUAUCUCCCUUCCUUGGUGUGCUAUAAGGUCUGUGAUGAUCAUUGGUUGUAGUGUAUUCAGGAGUACAUCCCUUGUAUUUCUGCGAAUCCAAUUCUUUUUUUUUUUUUUCUGGGGGAGGGGGGGUGUGGUUGGGGGUUCUGGGAAAGAUUUUUCUUUCCCUUUCGUAUGUGUUGAGUAAUUUUUUAUAUAAUAUAUUUCUACUUAUCGGUGCAUGGGAGUUGAUUUUGAAGUGGGUAGAAAUUCCCUAGGUUGGCUUCUUUGUUUUGGUUCUGUAAUGAAUGGUUUGUGGGAAUUUUCAUUAAAGAGCAGUUUGAAUUGUACAAGCAUUGCUUGGAAUGGCAGGUUAAGUGGAUCA